AUGUCAACAAACAAUAAUAAUAGUGAUAAUACGAUCAAGUAUAUUCCAUACUCUUCAGAAUUACAACUUCCAGGAAUUAUGAAGUUAAUAGAAAAUGAUUUAUCAGAACCAUACUCAAUCUACACUUAUAGAUACUUCAUACAUAAUUGGCCUAAUUUAUGUUUUAUGGCAAUGGAUGAUGAAAAAGAUCAAUGUAUUGGAGUGAUAAUUUGUAAAUUAGAUCGUCAUAAAAACAAUGCUUUACGAGGCUAUAUUGCAAUGUUGGCAGUGAGUAGAGAAUAUCGAAAAAGAAAAAUUGGAACCACCUUAGUUAGAGUUGCGAUAAAUGCGAUGAAAAAACAAAACGCUGAUGAGAUUGUACUUGAGACAGAAUAUACAAAUAUUGGUGCAUUGUCACUAUAUCAUAAUUUAGGAUUUAUUAGAGAUAAACGUCUUUAUAGAUACUAUCUUAAUGGUGUAGAUGCAUUUCACGGUCAUAAUAACGAAAAAUCUAAAAAAGUAAUUGAUUAA